AUGAUUUCAAAUUAUUUGCAGAAUGGCGAUAGUUAUUCGAAAUUGAUCGAUGCCGAAUGGAUAAGCGAUACUGGCGCACGUGUUUUAAGACUUUUGCCUGGUGGUCUUACUAUUGUUGGCUUAUUAUGGUUGGCUGGUCCGAAGAAUUCACUACAGUCAGCGGAAAUACGUGCAAUGCUAGUUCGAGCACUUGCACAUAUAUUGGUCAAUCACAAUGCGCUCAGUUUGCUAAACAUCAAUUCCGCUGAUAGUUUGAAGCUUCUGGCAACAGAUGCGGUUCUGGUGGAUGGAUGCUUGCGAUCGCGUGAUGAACCAUUGAAACCACGCGAUAAAAAAGCUAGCAACAAAAAUACAUUUCACAUUGAAACAUUCCUGGAUGUGACUGAAUCGACGAGUAGCCGUAUUUCUUCAUUCUGUACGAUCGAUUUAAUUGCCGAUCCAAUUGUAAAAGCUGCCGUCCCAAGUAAAGCUACUGUUGGCCAAGCAGUGGAUGCUGUUAAGGAGCAUAUCAUUCGAACAUUGUGCAGUAGAGCUGCAAUUGUUUUCACGGAUUAUCUCUUCGAAAGUGAUACAGCAAGCGAUGCUCAGCAGUCGUUCGCCGAUCUAUUAACCCUCACUAUCCCCGAAGACGAAAUCGAAAUUGACAGUGAACGUCUACUGGAUGAGGGUAAUUUGUACAGCAUUGUGAGCGAUGACGAAAAGCCGAGCCGAGUGGAGCGAUCCAGUUCAUCGACAUCCAGCCUGAGCUCCGUUGUGCUACCACCAAUACGUAAAGGAACGAAAAAGCUGUCAGUGAAUACCUAUGCAAUUGUUGCAGCUCUAGUAGCCCUGCUUUCUUUUGUAGUCUACGUACUCAUGAAAGCACUCUCUUCUUAG